AUGGCAAAGAAAGGAGGUGCCUCAGACAAGAAACCCGCUGCCGGCAAGGGAAAGGGAACAAGCGACGACUCGGGCGAUUCGAAGGGAAAGGGCGGGCUGAAAGCCGCGACGGCGGUGAACGUCCGCCACAUCUUGUGCGAGAAGCACUCGCGCGCGAGCGAGGCGCUGCAGAAGAUCCAGGAGGGCCAGCGGUUCGACAGGGUCGCGCAGGAGUACUCCGAGGACAAGGCGAAAGCGGGCGGGAGUCUGGGGUGGAUGACCCGGGGCUCGAUGGUGGGAGCGUUCCAGGACGCGGCCUUCGCGCUGCAGCCGUCGACGGUCGACAGGCCGGUCAUGUCCUCGCUCGUAAAGACGCAGUUCGGGUAUCACAUCAUCAUGGUCGAGGGGAGACGGUGA